CUUAGUCUGCACGUUGCUUCUCGGUGACUAAUACCACAAUAACAUUGUCUAAGGAUAAUAUAAAUUGAGAGCUGUUUAUAAACUCUAUGGCGAUUCAAUAUAAAAAGGAGGUAGGAAUCUGGAAGCAUCACAAUCACUUUGAGACCUCUCUGAGAACUAACAGGUCCUGAGUGCCUUCUCCACUUUGGAUACCUGAUCGAGAACACUUUGUACUUUAACCAAGGUGAUAUAACAAGGCAUUUAAACUAUUUAUUGACUUUUUAUUGGGAUUACCAUUUUCAGUUGUUAUUUUUUUUUCGAGAAGAUAUAUAUUUUUUAUUCCAGUCUGAUGAUGGAUUUAGAAACGAUUAUUUAUUUGUUGGUGGCUCUGCUCGAAGUGACUUCAGGAACAGUGUCAGGCGGCAUCAUUUCAAUGCCUGAAGAUGGGGCUUCAGUUCCAGAUGUAAAGACUGAUUCUAGCUCCCUCCCUAGCGCCCCCUGGCGACCACGAAGGUAUAAACGCUGUUCCUGCUCCUCACUUAUGGAUAAAGAAUGCGUGUACUUCUGCCACCUGGACAUUAUUUGGAUCAACACACCUGAGAGAACUGUUCCUUAUGGUCUCGGAGGUCCUCGUAUGAGGCGGGAAAUACAGGACACAGACACAGAAUCAGUCCUUCAGUCAACAAGCCGAUGUAUGUGUGCCAAACACACAGACAAGAAAUGUAUGGACUUCUGCCAAACUGCAGAACUCAGUGUCCAGAGUUCUCAAGAAAAAGAAAACGGACACAUUCAAGAGGCCACAAAAUGCAGUGGUCUUCGUCUCGGAGUACAGUGCAUUCAGAAACAACUGCAAAGAACUGAAAAGAUGAAAAGAUCGGAAGACAUUAAGAAUUCAAUUGAAAGAGCAUUUGUCUAUGCUAGGCUCAUGAACACAGUUAAUGAAAAGAAGGACGAAACACACCACAGGACACACAAAAAGAGAGAAUUAUGGAAACACACAAAAACAACAUCAUAGUAACUAACUGUUAACUGAAAAAAAGAAAAAAAACGUGGGAGGCAUUUCUACGAGCAAUAGACUUGCCUUUGGUCAAUUCUACUUGAUAGUUCAAUGCAUGGAGGACACUAAACAUUUAAUGCUGCCAUUGGUUGAAGAACUAAAGUCCAACUUGAGGAAUAAGAUAAACCAACGUCUACAACUAUUGAACCAUAUAAAAGAAAAAUAAUAAGCCUGAACAACUGAGAGCAUUUAUUGCCAGGUUAGGGAGUAUUAUGUUACUGGACCCAUUGCUUGGAAGGAUCAACAUGAAUCAAAUGUUGGGUGGACAACCAAACAAACAGCGUUUCAAACAGCCAUCAGGAAAACACUGGAUGAUAAUAUAUGGAAUUCAAACCUUAUCUCCACACCCAAGUAGCUGCACAUGGAGGUUUUUGUGCAGUGCAGAUGGACAAUCAAAAAAAAUUGCAAUAAUUGAGGAAAUAUUUCAUGCAUACAAGUCUACCUCAAAUGUAAGACUCAGAAGGGCUUCCGUUCUGUAUUUUAGCUUGGCCUGCAAAAACACCUCUUUGUCUUAAACUAUUUUGUGUUUUUACUUUUUUUUUUUACUUUUUUUAUUUUAUUUUAAAUAAUUCACUGGAGUAAAUCAAAUCUUGAUAUGUAAAGAGAUUUCUGGUUUGCUUUGUGGUUUGCUACGUCAAGCAGAGAGUGGAGAUGAGUUUAGGAGAUUGUUCAUGCAAGCUAAAAGUUGGGUAAUUUGUAGCAGCGGUGAAACUGAUUGCUUCAUAGUCAUCUCCUGUACUUUUAAUUAAAUUUAUUAUGUGAAUAUUUUUUAAAGUAAAUAUUUAUAUUAUUAUUUUUAAAGAGACUAUAUUUACUAUGUUAAAUAUACAUUGGGACAGGCCAUAUUGGUCUAUGCAUGUUGUAUUUCUGUAUGAAAAAAGAGCUUUGAUGAUAAAUA